UUUGUGCUGCUGAAGAGAGAGCCCCCCCUCGCAGUUUCUAGGAAUAAAGGGAAAAUGCUGCAUGAGAUUAAAAGCAUUGUCAUUGAGGAACCAAAGUACUGGCUGGAUGUCAUCUCUAUAUGGAGAAACCUUCAUGGAUGUGAGGGGAAAAAUGAUGAUGUCUCUCAAGAAAACCAAUUGCCUCUCAAGAGAAAAUCAGAAGAAGGGGCAAAUACUGCAACUAAAAAGCAGAAAACGGAACAAGUGAGAGAGACUGUAUAUGAGGGGUAUCCGGCGGGAGCUGAUGAGAGGUGUGUGGUACCAGAGAGAAAGAGCCAUCAGGACUGCUGGCCUGAAAGCAAGGGUUCCUUAGAAGACCCUUCCAAAAGCAGUGGAGAGAAACCUAUUGCGAGUGAGCAGCUUAGCUUCAGUUUCAGAGUUUCUUGUCGGUGUAGUGGAGCGGUUGCCAAAAUACUUCCUUCGCAGGAGGAUGGUGCAGCCCUGGGCUGUGUCCUGGCACUCAUGAAGAAGUUUGGGUGGCGGGCAGAUUUGCGGGACCCCGAUCUGGAGAUCUUCAUACAUGUUAAUGAUACUCACUUUGUGGCGGGGAUUCCUCUUUUCAGGCUUCCGUUGGCAAACAGAGAGUAUAUCAAAACAGCAGGACUGCGGUCAACAAUUGCGUGGGCCAUGGCAUCUCUGGCUGAAAUCAGUGCAGGUGCCUUUGUGCUGGAUCCCAUGUGUGGGCUAGGAACAAUACUGCUGGAAGCUGCCAAAGAGUGGCCCGAGGCCUGUUACUGGGGUGCUGAUAUAAGUGAUUCACAGUUAGAGGGUGCAGAUGUGAAUAUUAGGACUGCAGGCUUGAUGGAUAAGAUUCAGUUAUUUAAAGCUUCUGUGAAAGCAUUGCCGUUGCCUUCAGAAAGCUUUGACGCUGUGAUUUCGGAUAUUCCGUUUGGGAAGAAGUUCAAGAUCACAAAAGACCCACAGCUCCUACCAGAUAUUCUCCAGGAGAUGGAGAGAGUACUUCGUGUUGGAGGGACUAUUGUAUUGCUGCUAAGCCAAGAUCUCCAUAAGCACAUGGAUGGCAUUACCAAGUGUGCUGAAAAUGACUCUCCUUAUGCCAUUUCCAAUGGCACAAGUGAAACCAUCACUGCAAAAGCCCUGAACGUCCAUGGGAAUUCUUCCUCCUUGGUGAAUGGUGUUGAAGAAUCCUUUCUCAGCAGCAGACAGACACGUUUUGGGUCUCUGGUGCCAGAUGGCGUCUAUGGAGUUAGUCUUGGAAAGACAGAUGCUUUCAUACACAAAUACAGGAAGAUCUCUGCUGCUGGGGAUCGGUAGCUUUCUUGCGCUGUGCCUAAGUGAACUUGAAUCCUGAUACACUUGAAAAGCAGCAUG